AUGGGUGACCGCUACAAUAUCCACAGUCAGCUUGAACACUUGCAGUCAAAAUACAUUGGUACUGGGCAUGCAGACACCACCAAGUAUGAAUGGCUAGUGAACCAGCACCGGGACAGUUAUUCCAGCUAUCUGGGCCAUCCAGACUUGCUCAGCCACAUAGCCAUUUGUGAGAAUGAAGCAAAAGCUAGGGUCAAAUUUAAUCUUAUGGAGAAGAUGCUUCAACCCUGUGGGCCACCUCCUGACAAGCCUGAGGAUUAAGAUAAUUUGUAUAUUCUUUCAUUCUACCAUUUUGAACUGUUUCUCUAAUUGCUUCAAAGCAUAUUUAUAGCAAAUUAUAAAACAAAAAAAUGUGUUUGUUUAAAGUAACUGAAUAUUAAAAAUUUGUCUCUUAAAUAUGAUUAACCACUGUAUAAAAUCACUGAAUGCUAAAAUACAUGAUUUUUUCUUUGAAGUUGCAAAAAAUAUAAGGAAAAUGUUUUGAUUAUAGUAUGCAUGUUGGAGAUAUUAACAUUUAUGUAUUUAAAAAUAUAUCUUGGAGGGUAGGAAUGAAACAAAAAACAGCUUAAGUUAAAAUAUCACAUGUAUUUUAUCUUUCUUUCAAUAACAUUUCCAUACAAAACAUAUGCAACAUAUUCCACAAACAAGAAUCCACUAUGAAUACAUUCAAUAAAUAAUUUUGGUGCAAAUACUGACCAGAUAAACAGAUGAUUUCUGAAAAACAGUGUGUUUAAGCACACUAUAAACAUAAUAUAUAAGCGAUUAAAGAACAAUAUAUCCCAAAUUGGAAGAAUGUUCUUUUUAUGGUCAGAUAUAUUGCUAAACAUUAACAAAUGACAUAAUACUGGGAAGGCAUAAGUAUGGAAUAAAACUUGCAAAG